UAGUCCCCGGUUGGGACUGUCCUUGUACGUUUAUUCUCACUUAGGUGGUGAAUGUAUUCCUUUGUUUUAAUUCUAAGGAAGAUCCUUGCUUGUCAUUUCUCUACAAUGUUCUCUAGGUACAUAUAUAGGUGUUUCUAAUCGCCUAUAUUGUGUACUUGGGGAACUGUAGGGAGAUGCUGCCGGAUUUUCCAUAGAAUUGAAAUUCUGGCAUACAUUCACUAGUGAGAUUGAACGUACAAGGAUGGGUUAGGUUGGAGUGAUAAGGACCCUUGGAAAUCAUUUCUCUUCUCAUUUGCAUUUCCAUAACAGUUUGAUCUACAAUGAAUAUAUAUUGUGCUUUAUGACUAAUGUGAUUAAUGGCAUAUGUGUUAGUUGUGUAGAACAUGUAAUCAUGAAACGAAAAGAACGUAGCUGGAUGUACGAAAGGAAGGUUGGGAAUUCUAUUAAUCCUGAGUUCUUGAAGGGGGUAGAUGAAUUCCUUAAAUAUGUGGAAGAUCAUCCCGAGAGUAGCAACCCGAAUGAAGUUAGGUGUCCAUGUUUUAAAUGCAAAAACAAACGUCUCUGGGAUCCAGAUACGGUCAAACUUCAUUUGUAUCGCAGCGGUUUUUUACCUAAUUACUACGAGUGGAUGUGUCAUGGGGAAGGGUUUCCAGGAACUCGUAGAAGGGAGUCAAAUGAAUAUCGUGAAAUGGUUUUGGAUGCCUUUGGUCAGUCUCAAGAUCAAGGCCAUUCCGAAGAGCCACCUGUUUCAUUAGAGGAGGAGCCUAAUGCACAAGCCAAGCCAUUUUUUGAUUUGUUAAGGGCUUCUGAACAACCGUUGUACGAAGGGAGUUCGUUGUCUGUGUUAGAGAUGGCUUCUAGAAUCACUAGCCUAAAGUGUGAGUAUAAUUUGCCGCACAGAUGUGUUGAUGGAUUUGCUUCUUUGGUUAAUGAAGCGAUUCCUAACAACAACCACAUGGCCGAGACAUUCUAUGAGGUCAAGAAAAUUGUUAAGGGGUUAGAGAUGCCCCAUGAAAAGAUUCAUGCAUGCCCGAAAGGAUGUAUGUUGUUUUGGAAAGAUGAUGCUCAAUUAUCUACAUGUAGGGUGUGUGGCAGCGACCGAUACAAGAAGACUUCUAAAGGUAGCUUAGUGCCUUUGAAUGUUCUAUUUUAUUUCCCUAUCAGACCUAGGUUGCAAAGGCUUUUUGCAACUAAAAACAUUUCUGAGGAAAUGACAUGGCAUGCUAAAAAUCCUCGAGUUCAAGGCACAAUGGCACACCCUAGCGAUAGUGAAGCGUGGAAACACCUAGAUAGUUGCUUUCCUGAGUUUGCCUCUGAACCUCGUAAUGUUCGACUUGGCCUAUGUACGGAUGGAUUUGCUCCACAUGGUCAGUUUGGGGGACUGUAUUCAUGUUGUACGUGUUGACGAGGAUGAGUCAAUGGAGGAAGCGGAGGCACAUGAUUUGGGGGCCUCUCAAGAAAUCGUCAGAAAUGUACAAGGGCAACAGGAGCAACAACAGCUUCAGGAACAAGAGCUACAGGACCCGCAUCCUAAUGACUUGCUAGAGUUGGACCCUUCCACACUUUGGUUUGAUGAUAGGCCGGUGAAGAAUGUUCUCUCCGACUCGC